AGUCGUGCACAGGGUUAGUUGGACUGCAGGUUCUGAACUUAAAUUAUUUUUAAGACUCUCUACAAAUAUUAGGAUAAUGUCUCUCUUCACAAUAAACUUAAGCAAUUUAACUUUAGAGAUGGAAGUAACCGGAGAUGAACCCCGGAACGAGCGCUUGGCUCAUAUCGAGAUCGCGCUGCUGAGCGUCAUCUUUCUCUCCGCAUCAUCUCUGAACUUCGGUCUGCUGCUGGUUCUGUGGAGGAAGAGACAGCAGGUGUCCAGGAUGCGUGUGUUUGUGACCCAUCUCUGCUUGGCAGACCUGGUGGUCGCUUUCUUCCAGGUGUGCCCUCAGCUGAUGUGGAACAUAACUGACCGUUUCAUCGGUCCUGACCUCGUAUGUCGUGUGGUCAAGUAUCUACAGAUCGUCGGCAUGUUCGCCUCCACUUACAUGAUAGUUGUGAUGACGGUGGACCGUUAUCAGGCGAUCUGCAACCCCAUGGUGACUUUCCAGAGGAGGCGCGCGCGCUGGAACCUGCCCGUGUGCGUCGCGUGGCUUGUGUCGUUUGUCUUUAGCGUCCCGCAACUGUUUAUUUUCUCCAGGGUUCAAAUCGCCCCGGGUGUCUACGACUGCUGGGCCGAGUUUAUUCAGCCGUGGGGACCGAAAGCGUAUGUGACGUGGACGACACUGGUGAUAUUUCUGGUGCCCAUCGUAACUGUGACGGUGUGCCAGGUGCGCAUCUGCCGCGCGCUCCAGAUCAACCUGUACCUGAAGACGCUGCAGCAACAGCAGCAGGGAGGUGAUCGACACCCGAACUCUCUUUCCUCCAGAGCCAGCAACGUGGUGUUUGUGUCCAAGUCUCGGAUUAAGACCGUGAAGAUGACAGUGGUGAUCAUGCUCGCCUACACCGUGUGCUGGGCUCCGUUCUUCACCGUGCAGCUGUGGUCUGUGUGGGACACCGACGCUCCGACUGAGACUGCAAUCUUCACCAUCCUCAUGUUGCUAGCCAGUCUGAACAGUGUUGCCAAUCCAUGUAUCUACCUGCUUUUCACUGUGAAGUUCCCCAAACUGUUGCAAACUCUCCUGUGCAUGAAACACACAGACAUGAAGGUGCCGCUGCCUGAGGAGACUACGAUGGUCAGCUCUCUGUAUUUGAGCUUAAAAAACUCUGACACGCGGUGAAAAAGAAACAACACUAACAAACAUGUUCAUUGGACAAACAUGUUUUUAGACAUUAUUAGUAUUCUUUGAAGUACCAUGUAAAUUGUACAUUAAUGUGGUAAGUGUUCAGUACCAUAUACUGUAAAUAUCAAAGUACCAUGAUUUUACCAUCUGACAUCACUGUACCAUGGUUCUAGCA